CUUCAACAACAAAACCUCCAACAUCUGGACCAACCACAGAAGCUACAACGGCUUCAACAACAAAACCUCCAACAUCUGGACCAACCACAGAAGCUACAACAGCUUCAACAACAAAACCUCCAACAUCUGGACCAACCACAACAAAACCUCCAACAUCUGGACCAACCACAGAUGCUACAACAGUUUCAACAACAAAACCUCCAACAUCUGGACCAACCACAGAAGCUACAACAGCUUCAACAACAAAACCUCCAACAUCUGGACCAACCACAGAAACUACAACAGUUUCAACAACAAAACCUCCAACAUCUGGACCAACCACAGAAACUACAACAGCUUCAACACCAAUAAAACCUUCAACACCUACAACAGUGUCAACAGCUACUCUAGAAACAGAAACUCCACCAACGCAGGGUCCAAGUCUUUCACCAAGCACAGAAUCUUUCUCAACAAAUGCUUCCUCCACAGCACCACAACCUGGAACUACAGAACCUCCAAGUGCGUGUGCUUCAAACCCAUGCUUCAGAGGAAGCACCUGUGAAGAGCGUGCUGGCCUGACUUACCUGUGCUUGUGCGUGGCUGGUGAAUUUUAUUAUCAGGAUCGAGGCUGUGACAAAUCCAAGACUUUCCCACAAGCGCUGGUCUUGAAAAGAGCAUAUAAUGACAAAAUGGCCGACAAAACUUCACAAAUAUUUAAGGAGACUGCUAAAGACGUUACUGAUGAGAUUGACAAACAGUUCAGUGGUGAAAACAAUGGAUACAUUUCAUCUUUAGUGCUGGAGCUAAGGGAAAAUAAAGCAAACACCAGGUCACUGACAAACAACGUUGAAGCAUCAGUAGAAAUAUUCUACAAAGUAACUUCUGAUAUAACAGAAGAAACUGUACAAGAGACGAUGGGAAAGGUUGCCUGUGACACCUGUCCACUGGCACAAAGUUCUGAAAAUAAAGACGCUUGCAAUCCCACUGUUUGUGACACAACAUCUUCAACCUGCAACCAUACAAAUGGACUUUUGACAUGCAAGUGUAACUACGGCUACAUUAACACAGGUUACACUGACAAAUUAUGCCUGGCAUGUCCUGCUGGUGAGAAAGCUGAGGGCGACGCAUGCAAACCAUGUGACUUUGGCCGUAUGGGUUUUAACUGUGAGGACGAAACGUUGUUGAUCGUUGUGAUCGUUGGCUCUGUCCUUGGAUUCCUGAUGAUCGUUGGAUUGAUCGCUCAGCCAUUUGUACUGAAAAAAUUAAAGAACAAAGGCUCCAAGAGCAAAGAGGAAGACCUUUGGAAAUCCAAACAAACCCCUUCCUUUGUCAAACCUCCACCGCCCUACAGCAGCAGCAAUGAAUUUUACACCUGGAUCAAAGAGCCAGCAAACAGCCUGGCAAAUUCUGGGUUCCCUCGAAUCCCACGGGCAAAUACCAGCAGCAACUGGGCUGGCAAGACCAACCUGGAGAUGACUCCGACCAACAGCCGACAAAACUUGGUAUCUUCAGGGAGAAACUCGCGAUUCAACGACUACCAAGAUGACAUGUUUUCAUUCUCCCAGAGUCGACCCAAAAUCAACCCUUAUGAAAAGCUCCAGUCCGGAAACAGCACAUUCCCUCAGUACCGAACCACAAACCCUUACGCUCAGAUCAGAGGCCAGCCAAACUUUUACUAAACUUUUACUUUAAAUAAGAAGAGGAAAGCUGAAUCGCUUCACAAAUUCCUAUAGUGGUGUUUUUCCCAAGUUAGUGCAAUUCAUUGGAACCCCCUGGUGUAAAAUAUGUAAUAGAAGUGUAGAAAUGAAAUUAUUUAGCAAGUAAGUCCAAUAGUUUGUAAUAUUUAUAGCAAUGUUUGUGUUGGUUUUUGUCUUAGUCAGUUAAUGGCUAUAUAUCAUGACAUAUCAUGGCUAUAUAUCAUGACAUGACAUAUGGCUAUAUAUCAUGGCUAAAUGAUAAAGCCAUGAUAUUAAUGGCUAUAUCAAGUGACAUAGCCAUUAACUGACAAGCUGCAAAUCAGAGAUUAUCUAGUUAUCUUCUCAUUGGAAUGUUUAUAUGCAUAAAAGUUUAUACUUAAUAAAAAUUAUGUUCAAUAUAUUAUUUUAAAAAGGAACUUUAAUCUUUUUUGUUGAAUAUAACUCUGAAAUAACAGCAAGAAACACUUUUAAAAAUUGAAUAGAUGAAGUUAUGCAUCAAGCCAUUAAAUAAACUAUCACAACAUUUACAUAGGAGAAAUGUUUGUCAAUUCAUUCAACCAAAAUAUUUAUUAUAAAUCAAAAAAUUCAGAAAUUAAAAUCCAGGUGUCCUUUGUAAUUUUCUCCACCAGAGGGAGCUGCUCUACAGAAGUUGAAAUCAUUUAGUCUUUUGUGUUUUUAUCUUUUUCAUGUUUUUACUUCUUGCUUCUUUCAUUUCCACUGUAAAGAUUCACUGUCAUUAGGGUACUUCACUCCUCUAUUAGCAAACCAGUGCAAAUUUUUCUUAUAAAGACAUCCAUAUGCAGCUGUAUGGAUUAGUGUCAGUAGUGUGCUUUAAUGAAUUUCAUCAAGAAUAUCAAUUUGGGAACAACAAACCUCAUCAUAAUAAACUGUCAGUUACCACAGUAUGCCAUUAUCCUGCCAUGCAUCUAUCUGUUGCAAUUUCAGUCUGGUGCAGGAGUUACGAUGCCAUUUUAGUCAUUUUAAUUUAUUGUUGAAAUUAAUCUUUUUGCCAUUUUAUGAUGUUUAUUUCCUUUAUCCAAAUUAUGUAUUUUCAGAACCAACCGAUACUCUGCCUACAGGAGAAAGCAGUACAAAAAUUAAAACAGAAUCUAAUUAAAAAGCAAGAUAUUUAGAUUGAAGACAAAGUUUUGUGCCUAAACUGGCUAAAGAUACAUUGAAGGUGUUUAUAAGCUUGAAAUUCCUUUUUCAUGACAGCAGAUGUCAGCAAAAGAUUAUAACCCAGCAUUUAAGACUGGAACCAGCUUAACUGUCUCUUAAACAGACAUGCAUGUGUCAAUACAUUUAAAAAUCCUUUCAUAACCAUGUUCUGGUGUAUUUUGGCUAAUAUUACACAUUUUUAUGUUUUUUUGUGUAAUAUGACCGUUAUUAUUCAACUCAAGCUUUGUAUCACAAGGAUACGUUGUAUGUUUGGGAUUAAAAUCAAAUUAAAUGAGAAUGUUUGCAAUAAGUCAUUCAACAGAUUUUAAAACAAAAUUAUAUAUGUGCUAAACAAUGAAGUCGCGAUGUUAUUUUGUGCUUUGUGUUCACCUACAGAGGGCCAUCAGAUGACAAAGUUACAUCCACUUUUAAUGGCCCUUUUGCUGGCCAUGAAAACUAGUUAGUUGAAUCUUUAUUUCACCAGGCAAAACAUUAAGAACAGUUUCUUAUUUACAAUGUGGCUGAAUGUGCUAAACACAUAAAAGGAGAUGGGGAAGAGGACAACAUUUACCAACAAUGUGUUGUAAAUCUUUGUAUGUAAAACAGGGGAAUUGAUAAUAAAUCGAAUGUUGGAAUGAUA